UGAACCUGAUAGAUCGCUUUUCAAAAAUGAAGACUGCAAUAGUAGUUGUCAUGAAAGGUCUCCUUGUCCGGUAAAUUCCAUGUAUCGCUGUGAAAGUGGCAAUGUGUCAGUUGGCUGGUUAGGUUUAAAGCAUAAUGACCAGGUUAUUGUAUCUGUGGUGCUUCAAAAUGGGGGAUACUUAGUCUAUGAGAACAGAAAUGACAGAUACAAAUUUUCCAUAGAAAAGAAAUGGCCUGCUAAUUAUGUAUCAUUAAUAGGAAUCGAAACUACAGAAACCUAUAAAUUCCAUUGGGAUACAGUUCUUCCAUACUAUGACUGUUCUAAAUGGUCCUGUCCAUCGGUACCUGUUUAUGUCCCUGACGUAUCAAAAACUAGUAUGAUAAGUAUUCAUUGGAACAUCUGGUCAGAUGAUCUGUCUGAAAUUGAUUAUUACGAUAUUGAAGUAUUUGAAAUGCACCAUGUUGGAAACAGCACUGACAACAAUGAAAUAGUAGAAAUAAUGGAACCUCGAGUACACCAACCAAGACUUAAGAAGCUAGAAAGUACCAUAAAUGUGACGGUUCCAGGCAUGUAUGCUGUUCAUUUCACUGCUUUUGACAGAGCUGGAAACUAUAAGUCUGCAAGAGGGUUAUUUCUAUACGACAACAAUGAAGACAUAGAAUUAGGCAGAGGCAGUAUUGAAGUUAUUCAAGCAAAAAAUUAUUCAGAAAAAGGCUGGAUAACCUACCCGAGUUCUCGCAUUCAUGUGACUUGGAAAGAUAUGUUUGUGAAAACAGAUCAUUUAAAGCACAACUGGCUUGCUAAAGUUAAAAAGUUUGACCAUAUUGAAUCGUCAUAUGAUGAUAACAGUGGAAAACGUACCAUUGAAAUGGUUCCCAACGUCAAAGGCAUAGUUAAAUUUGAUAUUGCUCAUGAUGUGUAUGGACCGUCAAACAAAUCCUCAUCUCCAUUUACACUUGUUUCUGAUGUAUAUGCUGAAAUGGCUGUACAGAAUGUAGCAUGGGAUGAUGGCAACAAACUUAUUGUCACGAUAAGGGCGAUUGAUCUUUUGGAAAACUACAGAGAUGAAAUAGUUACUGUGUACAAAGACGCCACGCCCCCAAUAAUUUCAAAUUUAUGGCUGACGAAAGGGGAUCGUAUCAACAUUGCUGUCCACAGUGUAGAGGAAUUUAACGAUAUGAUAAUUGAGUGGGAUGCAUUUGAUUACCAUAGUGGCAUUAGUCAUUUGAAUUGGAAGUUGUAUGACAACUUUACUGGAUCAGAUAUAAUUCAUGGAGAAAUUGACCUGCCAGGUCAAGGUAAAACUGAGUCUUUAAAAGAGUGCGAGGAAAAAUAUGUAGACUAUAAGAGAGGACCGGCUUGCUACUGCACACAUUAUACAGGAUGUUACCACAAACAUUUUCAUAUUAAGCCACAUGUAGCAGUAGGAAACGAGACUGGCAAUGGAAUUGUCCAUAACAGAUCCAUGGGAGUACAUGAAUCCGACUAUUUCAUUGAUGUAAAUGUAACUAACAUGGCGACUUUGACUACGAUGAAAACAAUAAAGAUAACAAUUGAUAUAACGCCACCAGAACCUGGACAUGUACAUGAUGGCAUAUAUGGUUUUCCAGAAAUCGAUUAUCAACAAGAUCUUCAACUUGAUGCAUAUUGGGAAGGAUUCUUUGAUCACGAAAGUGGAGUUGCAUUUUAUCAGUAUAAGUUUGCCACCACCUGCCUCACUAAGGAGGAUUUUAAGAAUAAAAAUAUGGCUAGUUGGUUUUAAAUAUU